CUCAAACGAACCAUUCGGUCAAGAGUCGGACGUCGCUUAACAGUGGCAUAUCAACCUCCGCCCAUAAACUCUGCCACUUCCUUUUUACAUUUACAUGCCCACAGACUCUCAAACAGAUGGCACAACUACCAACACCGAUGACUGUGGGAAGAGCCAGAUUUUCCAUUAAGGGUUAUUUAAAGAAAUGUCAGUCUGAGUCGAGAUUUCUGUGAUCAAGUGAAGAGCUUGCUGAAAUGAUUCUCCUCGCUGAGUGAAAUGACACGGUCAAGCGGAGCUGGACGUGUAUUCGGUUCAUGCAGACAGAUGUGCAGAUGAACACAGUUCAUUUGGAGAAAACAUUGCACUCCUCCACUGAUGUUCAACUUCACGGAGAAAACAAACGCACGUCGGACUGCGUCAACCCGACAAGGAUGGUCUGCGAUCUCUCUUUUGGAUCUGCAAGGAUAUGAACUGGCUCCAGGGCUGGACUGACUCUGGACUGACUUGGAGCACAAACUCUCAAACACACAUGCACAGUGACUCGUGUGCUGUUACAAGGGCUGAAAAUGGCGUGCCUGCCAGUGAUGAUGUAACCACAAGAAACAACAGGUCCUUCCAGCACCGAUUGCAGGUUUCGCUGGGGGUCUUGCUUGUGAUGGCAGGCCUGGUGUUCUUCGUGACUAUGGGCUCUUAUACUAUUCUCAUUGGAUUGGCCAUAGUGUUUCUGGGCCUCUUGAUCCUCAUCCGUGCCUUUUGUGUGGUCAUCAAGUCUAGUCACGUAGCUGUGCCAGGUCACUUUCUUCUACACCCACGAACGGGAACCCGUUACACCCACCAUCAAGCCAUUGCGGUGCAAAGGAGGCUGGAUCGGAUUCGAAGAGCUACGGCAGAGGAUCACAGUACAGUCCAGAUGCCUCCCGCCUCAGAUGCCAGUCCACAGAGCCAACCUGCCACCCCUCCGCCCUGGCAGAUGGAGCCGCCGCCAUCCUACGAGACUGUUAUGAAGACCACUAUAGCUGUAAACCAACUAUAGCCACCGCUGGCACUCUGGAUGGCAGCGUUAAUGACUGACGAGCUGGUCUAAUGGGCCACGCAUAGAUAUGUAAAUCCUCCUGCACUGUAAAAAGUGAUUAGUUGUACUUUUAAAAAGGGAGUAAACCUGUUACCUUAAAAUCAAGAAGAUAAUUAUACUUUAAAAAAGUCAGUAAACCCAUUGACAACUUAAAUUUUAUAAUUAUGCACAUAGUUUGUUUACAUAAUAAUUAUAAAGUAACGAGUUUACUAUUUUUUUUAAGUAAAGUCAACUCAUCACUUUUUACAGUGCGAUAAGCCAGCACUUAUUUUUUAUGAUGAACCAAUUAUAUUUGAAAUUAGAAAUCUGUUCCAUUUUUUUUUUUUUUUUAAUAUCAUAGUCACUA